GACGCUCUCUUCCGGUCUUGGUGGCCCCCUGAAAGGCCUUUGGGGUGUGCACGAUGAGGCUGCUGGCAUUCGUGGUGUUGGCUUUAUUUGCUGUCACUGAAGCAGAGGAAGGAGCCAGGCUUUUGGCCUCCAAAUCAUUACUGAACAGAUAUGCCGUGGAGGGGCGAGACCUGACUUUACAGUACAACAUCUACAAUGUUGGCUCAAGGGUGCGUUUAGUUCACAAGUUGAAAGGUUGCUCCAACUGUAGCUUCAUCUUUUUCCUCCUUAACUCUUGGGCCAGUGCUAGCAAUGUCUCCCACACCGUGGUCCUGCGUCCUCUCAAGGCUGGUUAUUUCAACUUCACCUCAGCAACUAUUACUUACCUGGCCCAGGAGGAUGGGCCCGUUGUGAUUGGCUUCACCAGUGCACCUGGACAGGGCGGAAUCCUGGCUCAGCGGGAGUUUGAUAGGAGAUUCUCCCCCCAUUUCCUGGACUGGGCAGCCUUCGGGGUCAUGACCCUCCCUUCCAUUGGCAUCCCCCUGCUGUUGUGGUACUCCAGCAAGAGGAAAUACGACACCCCCAAAACCAAGAAGAACUGAGUGGGGCCUCUACAGCCCUCCCUUCCCAAGAAAUCCAGGUGCUUUCCAGACUCCAAAGGGUAUCUCAGAUGCAGUCUCUUCUCCGUUAGCUUUUGGCCGCCUUCUGGAUCUUGUCCUGCUCUCAGCCAGAGUGAAGGACGAGGUGUAGGAGUCUAUGAGAGCCUCCUUGAUUCCAUCGCGAAGCCAUACAAACAGGAUUGCAUUCGGUAACAGCCUUGAGCCUAGGGGCCCUGUGGUGCACCUCUGAGAUGCCAUGGGGUAUGUUGCUGGCGAUGGGAAUGCUCUCCAGGGUCCAGGAGGGAGCACUUUGGAGACUGCCUGACACCACCCCCAUCCCCCCUGCCCUCCCCUCUCAGAAGAGGUGGAAGACAAGAUGAAAGCUGUGGGACUUUUAAAGGCUACCUGGUCUCUGUGCUGGCUUAGGGAAGCUCUUACCAAAUGGGGUUUUCUAAUAAAAACAAAUGCCACGUUGA